AAAUUACAUGGGAACAACGGUACAGAGAAAAACCCGUAAGAAUUUGAUCCCAUCAUCCCUCUCCGAUUUCCACCCAAUAUCCAGCCCCUAUCAUCUCUCUCUUUCUCUAGUUUCUUUUCUUCAACUCCCCAAAAAAAACCCAUUGCUCUCUUGUUCGCCCUUUGGGCCACCCCCAAUCCUACAUUGUCCCCCCUCUCUCUCUUCUUCUUCUUCUUCUUCUCUCUCUACAAUGGGGAGCUGUUGUUCCAGGGGCAACUCCAAUGAUCCCCAGAACAACACUGCCAGUAAAGAAGGAUCAGUGCCUAACAAUGAUAGUAGCGCCACCGGUCCCUCCCCUCAAAACUCCACCACCCCGCCACGAACCAACCCUCCUUCCGCCUCUCCCAACCACUCUUCCAAGCCCUCGAAGCAGGCCCCGAUAGGGACCGUUUUGGGCAAGCCGAUGGAAGACGUCCGGUCCACCUACACCAUAGGAAAGGAGUUAGGUAGGGGCCAAUUCGGCGUGACCCAUUUGUGCACGAACAAAUCAACCGGCGAGCAAUUCGCUUGUAAAACCAUAGCGAAGAGGAAGCUGGCUAGCAAGGAGGAUAUUGAGGAUGUUAGGAGAGAAGUCCAAAUAAUGUACCAUUUGACAGGGCAGCCGAAUAUCGUGGAACUCAAGGGAACUUACGAAGACAAGCAUUCGGUGCAUUUGGUUAUGGAGUUGUGCGCUGGAGGAGAGCUUUUCGAUAGGAUCAUCGCGAAAGGUCAUUACACAGAACGCGCUGCCGCUUCGCUGCUCAGGACUAUUGUGCAGAUUGUGCAUACUUGUCAUUCCAUGGGCGUCAUCCAUAGGGAUCUCAAGCCUGAGAAUUUCCUUCUGUUGAAUAAGGAUGAGAAUUCGCCUCUUAAAGCUACAGAUUUCGGCCUAUCCGUGUUCUACAAACAAGGCGAACAGUACAAAGAUAUCGUGGGUAGUGCAUAUUAUAUCGCGCCUGAAGUCUUGAAGAGAAAAUAUGGACCAGAAGUUGACAUAUGGAGCAUUGGGGUCAUGUUAUACAUUCUUCUAUCAGGAGUUCCCCCAUUCUGGGCAGAGUCAGAGCACGGCAUUUUCAACGCGAUCUUGCGCGGCCACGUGGAUUUUACGAGUGAUCCGUGGCCUUCAAUUUCAACUGGAGCAAAGGAUCUUGUUAGGAAGAUGUUGAACUCAGACCCUAAGCAGAGGCUAACAGCAUUUGAAGUUCUAGCUCAUUCCUGGAUUAAGGAGGAUGGAGAGGCACCCGAUACGCCACUUGACAACGCGGUUUUGGACAGACUCAAACAAUUCAGAGCAAUGAAUAAGUUCAAGAAAGUCGCUCUUCGGGUCAUCGCCGGCUGCCUAUCAGAGGAAGAAAUUAUGGGAUUAAAGCAGAUGUUCAAAGGCAUGGACACUGACAACAGUGGGACAAUAACACUUGAGGAGCUAAAGCAGGGUCUAGCAAAGCAAGGGACUAAGUUAUCUGAAUAUGAAGUCAAACAGUUAAUGGAAGCAGCCGAUGCAGACGGGAAUGGGACCAUAGACUACGACGAGUUCAUUACAGCAACAAUGCAUUUGAACAGAAUGGACAGAGAAGAACAUCUUUACACCGCGUUCCAGUACUUCGAUAAAGAUAAUAGCGGGUACAUCACGAUAGAAGAACUACAACAAGCACUCCGCGAAUUUGGAAUGAACGAUGGGAGGGACAUACAGGAAAUCAUUUCCGAAGUUGAUGCCGACAAUGAUGGUAGGAUCGACUAUGACGAAUUCGUGGCCAUGAUGAGAAAAGGCAACCCAGAAGCAGCGCAGAACCCAAAGAAACGACGCGAUGGUGUAUUCGUCUGAUUCAUCCUUCCGCGAGAGCAGAGAAGAGGAAAUACGUCGUCUGUUUCGCCUCGGUGCAUUUCAUGAGGGGAGGGAGAAAUUGGCAAGCAAGUUUCAGAAACGCAUGAUUUCGAAGGAUUCAUGGAUUCCUUUGUACAUUACAUAUUUUGCAAUGAAAAAAGAUGGUUGGAAAAGAUCUAGACCAAAAAAAUAUUUAGGCUUAAUGAAGAAUUAUUAUAUGUGCUUGAGGUUUUCUUGAGGCUUUGUUGGUGUUGGGUUUGUUAGAUCUUUCUCACUUGUAAACAAAUUUUCUGAUCAAUGGAGGGUUUUUUGGAAUGUGUCUUGUCUGAUCAUGUUCUGUACUUUAGAUGGAGUAGCAUAAAAAUGUGUGAAUUCAUAAUUUUGAAAAUUAUAAAAAUCGGAUGGGGUGCCAAUAGGACCCAUGUUAUCAAAAACGGCAAGGUCUCUUCGGCCUAACUUUUUAGGAAUUGAUUGACAUAGUCUUUUUGA